GACGGCGUGCUGUUGUCUAAAUAAUAACUAGGUCUAAAGUUUGAAGACUCGAGAGAUCGCUAAUCUCUCGCGAAUCGGAAUGGACUCGUACCAGCAACCGCGUCCGUACAUGCGACCACCGUCUGUACCACCGCCACCACCGUCGGAUCCUUACCACCAAUACUAUCAACAACAUACAGCGAGGCCACCGUUACCUCCUCCUCCACAGCCCGGUGGCUACUCCAAUCAAUUCCAUAGCCCUCACUCUCCAUCGCCACCACCGCAACACUGGGGACCACCACCACCACAACCUCCUGGCUAUCAUCCUUACCCGAUUCACCCUCACCCCGCCAACGGUAACACUCAGUUUCCCGCGCCACGUCAGCCGUAUCCGCAGGAAUGGUCUCAGCAAGGUCACACCCCUCAAGGUAAUAGUAACGUUGAGGAUUGGGGACUAAAGGCUAAAGAAUGGGCUGCAACGAGUCAACCUAGUGGACAAGUCUACCAGCAAUACCCUAAUCAUAGCUAUCAAGAUGUUCAGGCUCCAGGGUUAAGCUAUCAGCAGCAGUUUCCUCCAGCUCCACAGACUGAGAGAUAUCCAAAUUACGCAACAGGAAACGAGAGUUUCUCACUUAAUCAAGAAAACAUGCCUACCAGUUCGGUUGUUCAUCAGCAGGAGGUACCUUAUAGUUAUUCUUCUGUUGCAGGGAAAGAAGAAUCUGGGAAUGCAACACAGCAUCAUGUGCAGAUGGGAGUGCCUGAUGGUGGGGGACCUGUUCGCGCAGAUCAGCAAAUGCAAUAUGCAUAUGGGGAUCAAGCAGCGGCCCCAGUUAGUAACCUUCACGACCAGCCUUUACAGUUUGCUAAUCAUCAUAAUACGUGGAUGCCCCAUGCCUCAGCCGGUGUAGUAUAUCCUCCUAUUCCUUCAUCGGUACCUUCAAUGCCAGAGCAUAAUUCAUCUAUGGCUAUGCCUCCUGUUACGGGUCAUAACAUGCCUCAGUUUGGAGGGUAUACACCACCAAAUCUCCAGCCUGGUGGACCCCCUUAUGAUUUUGGGACAAGGCCUCCUCUUCAGCCUGUUACUGCUUUCAUGGACGAAUCAUAUGCAGCAUCGUCUGUUCCUUCUAAAAACGUUCAUUUACCUAACUGGCUCAAGGAAGAGUUAUCGAAGAUCAAACCAUCUCUUGGAAAGCCUUCUUCAGGGAGUUUUGAGGAGAGAGAGCCUAUGGAUGACGAUGUACUUUAUAAACCUCCCGAGAAAUUUGAACAGCGUGACGACAAAAGGUUCAGCGCGUCUAAAUCUUCCGACGAAGAAGAAGAAGAAGAGGAGGAUGAGGAUGAGAUGGAUGCAGCUAGAAGCACAGCAAUUAACUCGGAGAUAAAGCGUAUCUUGACUGAAGUUCUUCUCAAGGUUACAGAUGAAUUAUUUGAUGAAAUUGCAACCAAAGUCAUUAAUGAAGAUGAAGCAAUACAAAAAGCUGAUCCAAUGCACAAGGCUUCGGCAAAGAUUUUGGUCUCAGUAGAAGGCGCAGAUAAAAAAGCAGAUGUUCUAGGCCUUGCUAGCUAUGCGUCUGACGAUGAUGAUGCCGAUACUGAUGCUGCCUCUAACGCUGAUGCGGAUGGCAGUGAUGUAGUUGAAAGUCUUGGCAUGGGGUCGAGAAACGAUGUUACUCAGCAGCCAAGCGCGGAUAAUCCUCCUGAACCUAAAGCAAUGGUCGAUGCGAGAUCAAAUCCAGAAGUUGUAGCCGGUGACGUAUCCCCCAAGAACAAUAAGUCAGGCUUGGAUCAAAUGUCGGGAUCCAGACGAAAUUCAUUCAAUGAAGGUAACAAAAAUGUUAAUGGAAGUGCCAGCUCUGAUGAUACUUCAGGAUGCAGAACAAACAAUCCCGACAGAACAGUCAGUGAUAAAGAAGCAAUACUAGAUCAGCCUCACAGGAAGAACUCUGGCUUGGAAUCAGAUUCUAACCUUCGUCAGGAUAGCAAUAAAAGUUCCGGUAAAGACUCGAGUGACGAUUUGAGUAGGGAUAGAAGUAGAGGAGAUGAGAUGAAAACUGGAAAAGAGAAGGGAGAUUCUCAGAAUGGCUCAAAAGAUAGAGUGAAGCAGAAGGACAUAAAGUCAGCAGAGGAAGUUAAAGGGUUUGAAUUAGAUAAAAAAUCUACUGAUCUGGAUGUAAAAAAGAAGGACUUGAGGGAUGCAGAGAGGUCUCACAGAACAAAUUCUAAGGAAGACCGUGGUAAAAAGAGGGAGAAGGAAAAGGAAGAGCGGUCAAGACACAGACAUUCUCAAGACUCGAGCAAAGACAAAAGAAGACGUUCUCCUGGAUCCUCUGAUGAUUCAAUAAGGAAGUCCCGUUCAAGAAAAAGGAGUAUUUCACCAUCUCCUGUGAGGUCCAGAAGAAAACGUGCUUCUCCAUCGAGUGAUGAAUCCUCUGAUGAUUCAAGAAGGAAGUCGUCUUCUAGAAGAAAGAAUCGGUCUCCAUCUCCCGGAAGGUCCAGAAAAAGACAUGUUACUUCGCGGUCACCACAUAGCAAGCAUUCUGAGAACAAGCACACUCUCUACUCUUCUCAUGAAAAAUCUCGGUCAAAGCGGUCAAGGUCGAGAUCCCCUCGCAGGCGGCAUCGUGCUUAAUGAACACAGGUCAGGACAGUGAUGUGCGCAGAGAUUUGGUGAUUCUGGAUGUGCCUUAGUUGAUCAACGGGGUUGGGUUAUGAGUAUAAAAAGCCACUCAAUGUCCAAAGAUUUUUUGACUGUUUGUUCUGAUUUGACUAUGUAGUGUGUGGUUGAAUAAGCUUUUUACUCUGUAAUUGUAUCGUGCAAACUUGUUGAUGGUCAUAUGUGUGAGUUCCCAGAAUCAUCACCAUUUUCACUGCUCUCCAACUUUUCUACUUCUGC